AAAAAAGCUUCAUUGUGACCUGCAAACUCCACUCUCUCUCCUAUUUCAAUUUAUUUUUUCUUCUAAUUUUCUCUCUCACUUACCAAGACAACAAAACAAAAGCCUUCCACGUUUCCGAGUUUUUUUUUUUUUAGUUUCUUUUUGAACAAGUUCAGUUAUAACUACGGUUCCGCCACCGCGUGCGCGGCCUGAGAUGUUGCCGGCGUCACCCGGAGCAACAACCAUCGUGGUGACAAUCUCGCGCUACAGGUGGAUUCAGUAGUGAGAGUUCGGAAUCAAGAUCGUACGGUAGAGAUUGAGCCACGUGGGUCCCACCAACGAUGGAAGCUCCGAAGAAGAAAACGAGCCAAACCAAACUAACCCGAACCCAAUCCUCGCUCCUUCGCUGUUCCUCUCCCACCACGCGAUCCUCCGUUCACAGCCUUUCUUCGGUCAACGAAGACUUCUUCAGCGAAGAAGAGGAAUCUCAGAAGAAGAGAAAGAAGCCCAAGCCAAUUAAACCCGGUUCGAUCCGGUUCGUCACUGGACCGGUUCUUGGCUUCUUCACCGCGGGCUCGGUUUUUUCCUACUUCUUCUUCUUCUACCUCGGGACGCGAACUUCACCCUCUUCUGAAAACGUGUUGGUGGUGUUGGUUUUCCUCGCCGUGGCGCUUUACUUUGUGAACCGGAACAAGGGUCUGAUCCAGCGAACCGUUUCGGUUUUGAAGCAUUCAUGGGAUGGGAACUUGAAAAGGCUCGGUUUUUCGUCAAAGGGUAGUGAGAAACCGGUUCAGUGGUUCAUAGGGGAUGCAACCGGUUCAGUGGGGAGAGGAGAGAGUAAGAGUAAGAAUAGUAGUAAGAGGGUUGCGAAAGAAGGGGUUGAGUUUUAUAGUAAUGGGGAUUUUUACGAAGGGGAAUUUCAUGAAGGGAAGUGUAAUGGGAGUGGGGUUUAUCACUACUAUGUGAGUGGGAGGUAUGAGGGUGAUUGGGUUGAUGGAAGAUAUGAUGGGUAUGGGAUUGAAAGCUGGGCUAGAGGUAGCCGCUAUAAGGGGUGUUAUAGGCAAGGUUUGAGGCAUGGUUUUGGGGUUUAUAAGUUCUAUACUGGGGAUACUUAUGCUGGGGAAUGGUGUAAUGGACAGAGCCAUGGUGUGGGAGUGCAGUCAUGUUCUGAUGGAAGUUGUUAUGUUGGGGAGUUUAAGUAUGGUGUGAAGCAUGGACUCGGAUGUUACCAUUUCAGAAAUGGAGAUAGAUAUGCAGGUGAGUAUUUUGGAGACAAAAUACAUGGAUUUGGGGUCUACCACUUUGCCAAUGGCCACUGUUAUGAAGGAGCAUGGCAUGAAGGUCGUAGACAAGGUUAUGGUGUGUAUACUUUUAGAAGUGGUGAACGAAGAUGUGGUGAAUGGGAUACUGGCAACCUCAAGCACUCUCUUCCACCACUAAAUGAUUCUAUCCUUCGAGCAGUUCAGGCUGCUAGAAAAACAGCAGAAAAUGCUAUAAAUCUUCCGCGGAAGGAUGAGCAAGUGAGCAAAGCAGUAAUAGCUGCAAACAGGGCUGCCACUGCAGCUAGAGUUGCUGCAGUGAAAGCUGUUCAGAACCGAAUGGGUGGAAAAUUUUGCAAUAUUGAUGUCUAAGAACUUAGAUUUUAGCUAGCUUAUGUUUGGAAUUGUAAAUUUUUACUAAUUAUAUGUAUUUGGAAGAAGAUGCCACCCCGGUGAGCAAAAGCUCAUUGGAGGUAGAAGAGUAUGUUUUGAUGUUUGUUUCACAACGCAACUUGUAUAUAAAACCCAUGUAUAUCAAUGAAAGAUGCAUUUUCAAGAGUGCUUUUGAU